CGGCGCUCCAAAUAGUUUGAUAUCAUUAAGAACGUUUAUGAUGUUUUUGUUAGGGAGCAUCUCUACAGAUAGGGGCGCUAUGCAUUUUAACAGGAGGCAAAACACUAUUCGACAGGGAACACAAGACCGCUCCCGAAAGGUCACCCUACUCCGUCUCUGAUUGGUUAGGUUUACGCGGGCAAUUAACGUCGCUGAAAAAAAAAAAUAGGCCAGCAAACCUCACAGACCAAUUUUACAAUCCAUGGUACGGUCAUGAGUCUGGAAAGUAAAAUAUUGUGUUUGACUGAAGGAAAGCCAACUAAAAGGAAGACAGUCAAGCUGAUUAGAUGGCUACAAAACAAAAAGCUUUUGAAAAAGAAAAUAAGGUGCAAGUUAUGUCAAAAUGCAAUGAAGCUGAAGAAGAAACACAACUCAACAGAUGUCUAUAGAUGGGUAUGCCGACACAAGAGCCACAGGGGAAGAAAAAUAACCAAGACAAUAAGAACUGGAUCUGUCUUUGAGAAUUCAAAAUGCAGUUUAAUUUCAUGGAUGAAAUUUUUCUACAGGUUUUCACAAGGCUUGCGACUGAGGCAGGUUGACAUGAAGACAGAUGGCAUAGCAAAAAGCUCAACAACACUCUCAAAGAUGGCAGCUUGUGCAAGAAGAGUCUGUAGACAUGCAAUGAAGCGACAUGAAACAAAAACUGGAAAACGCCUAGGUGAUGAAAGGGAGUUUGUUGUCAUAGACGAGAGCAACUUUCGCCAUAAACGAAAGUAUGGUCGUGGGAGAAUAUCCAACAGUUGGAGGCGCAAGAACUGGGUUUUUGGAAUGCUUGGAGUAAAAGGAAAACAUCGAAGACCUUUACUGAAGCUGGUGAAGAGGAGGUCCCGCAACCAUUUACUUCCAUUGGUGGUGAAGCAUGUACGCCCUGGGACAGUAAUCAUUAGUGAUGAGUGGAGGGCAUAUAGGGGCGCUCUCACCAAUUUGGGUUACACACACUUCACCGUGAAUCAUUCAAGGUGGUUUGUUGAUCCUGUUACUGGAGCUCACACUCAGCAGCUAGAGAGGGCAUGGUUAACAUACAAAUCAAUAAUUUGGCGGCUUAGGGGAAACAGAACUGAGAAACUUUUGAAAGAACAUCUUGCAGUUAUAGAAUGGACUUACUGGCUUGGAAACAGGCAUAGGAAAGGACCUCUUGGUCGUUUACUGAAAGACAUUCGGGUCACGUUUCCCUGAGAGCUGACUGGCUUCAGAUAUAAAGAACAUGGUUGUGUCAAGAUGGUGCACUGUGUGUGCCUCUCAUCAAUUAUUACAUAUGAGUCAUAGACCUUAGGAGUUACUAUACACUUUAAAGGAAAUUUUGUCUCAGGAGGUAGAGAAGUCAAAUUGUUUAGUGAUUGAGUGUAUUUACCUAUUUUAGUGUUUUCUGUUUUUUGUGGUUCAGUUGAAAUAACAACUGAUUUAACAAUAUAAAAUUAUUGGGGUUUCCAAAUGUGACAAAUGUUAUUGUUUUUUUAUGUGACAUGGUAUGUGAAACUUAAAUCUUGUUGGCUUUAGAGUAUGAAUUAAAGUUUGUUAAUAUCA